GUUAGAUUAAUUGCUGCUGCAGCAUUUAUAAGAUCCUUUUAAUAUUCGGCAAUAUUUUUCAGUUAUUUAAUGGUUUUUCCUCUGUCAGUCCCGCCCACCCCCAGGAGCAACUGUUUCGUGGUGUCGCCGUCGGCCAAUCGGAACCACCCGAGAAAGAACGUCAUUGGUCUAUUUAUCUUCCUUGAAGUUCGCUCGCGUCAUCAUUCGCCAAGGAAAACAAAAGAUGUGCAACGAAAAAUUCAAGAUUACAAUGCAAAUAAAAUGCAUUUCAAGAGAUCAUUGGGAAAUCAUAUCUACCACCACAAGGAUCGAUCCAGGACAAGCGAUGCAAGACCCCACUGCCCAACGAAGUCUACUCUACGACCAAAUAUAAUAACUCAGUAUUCACUGAUCGGCAAUUAAUUUUUAAAAAUCCAACAAAAUUUGCAGGGAAGAUAAUUGGAUUAAAAUUUGUGUGAGAAACAAAAUAUAUUCUUUGUUGCUUUUGUUACUGGCACAGUGUGCGUGUAUUCUAGCAAAUAUUAGUCCAGGUAAGCAUGCACGCCUCGCGCAGAAUUACUUACUAUGGAUGUACUUACCAAGUUUACGCAUCGUUAUAGCUCUAUUAUAUGGAUAAAAUUACUACUCGGUACUGCUGGCCUAGGGUUAAUGAUUUUUAGUUCUUUAUUAUUUUCGGUGUUUCGAUAAAAAGAUCACCAAUGCGUUCUUAUCAUAGAAAACGUUUAAUUUAGGAGAUAAGCUUACACAUUAAUAAUACAAAAAAAAGAAGAACAAAACUUAUAACGUUUAAAAUAGAGAACAUUUUUAUAACAUUCUUUACAUUAAAUAACAAAUUAUAAAAAAACUCGGAGCAUUUGCACCUCAUUCUUACGUAUCGGCUAAACCAUGAACAAACAGUUUCCCUCUGUUUUUAUUCUAAAGAAUCUUGAAAUCGCCGAAUGUAUCACGGCGAAUAAAAUUGUUCACAAAUGUUUCUAAGGGAACAAAGUUGGAAUUGUGAAACAGAACAGUGGUAUUGUUGCUGGUCGAUUCACUGUUUAACUGAUACGACAGAAACUUGUGAAUCAAUAUACAGUAAAAAAUAAUAAAUA